UUUCUCUGUUCGAAAUGAUGCAUGUACCGUGGCAUUAGAUACAGGCGUUGUUUUGGCGUUAUCUAAAUGAAAAUGCCGAGUUUGCGAGACUCUCUGGCGUACGAGGGAUUUCCGCAGGCGACGAGACGGGUUCUGGAGCAGGCCGAAGCGGCGUGUUCAGGCGGCGGGGAGGUCGGGGGAGGAGGGGGGAGCCAACUGGCAGCGCUGGUGGAGGAGUUCGUCCACUUCAGGCCGCCGGACGCCCUCCCCCACCACACCGGUCUGAAUGCGCUUCAGGAGUUGCAGCUACUGCAGAUUCUUUCUGACUAUUUUGGUGGGAAGACCAACACCGGGUUGGCCAGACAAGUCUUCAUGGUGCUGUUUGCUACACGGGGAGGGGCAGAUAGACUCACUGACCACAAGGUAAAGUUGUUAGGAAAGCUGGUUUCCAUGUGUAUCGCCACCCAACACGAGAUGGUUCUGGACUGCACUUCCUACUGGAUCCUGCAAGAGGGCGCUGCUUCACCACCGGUGCUGACCCUGCUGACCUCUGUCAUACAGGACUACUGCAUGCUCAUGCCAGGGACCCUCGACACGUUACGGAAAGUCGACAGAACCUCCCCCAGCUUCGCGUGCCAGUUCGUCACCAUCGUGACCGGUCUGUACCAGCUGAAACCGGUUUCCUCCAGCCACCCCCCUCCCGCACUCUUAGAGGUCAUUGCGGAGUGGGUCGCCGGAAACCCACGGAUCUGUCUCGCGAGUUUGAAGGACACGAAGGGGUCAGCGCCGGUCACUCCAAUCCCCGGGCUCUGCCAUUGGUGCGUCAAGUCGCCGCUUGUACAAAAUCCGGAGAAAAACGCGCCAGAAGACGCCAUCUUGUACUCCAAACUUCACCUCGGUGUACUGCAGUCUCUCCUUGCUGCGCAGACCAUCGCGCCGAACGCGAAACUCUUACCGGUUUCCACGGUUGAGGAGAUCGUAGCGGAUUUGCGAGCGCUGGUCUCUGCGGCGGGGCAGCAGGGGGAGGCUGCGCAGACGGCUGUGGAGAGGCUAGCGCAGGUGAUGCAGGUUGCCAUGGCAACUGGCUGCACGCACCUGAGCAGGAAGCAGGUGGCGGGAGUGUGCGGUCAGCUGCCGGAAAACAGACUACUGGCGCUGAUCCUGGGCUAUGGAGGGGAGGGUUGAGGGGAGGGGUGCAUGGGCAGA